GGUCUUGUUCUGGGAAUCUACUCAAGUGACAAGGAUGACAGUGCUGCCCAGUUCACUAGUGCAGGAGAUGCUUUCGAUAGACUUGUGUCUGGAAAGUUGAGAGAACUUCUGUCUGUAUGUGGGCCACCUUUGAAGAAAGGCAAAACGCGCAUAUUCCAUGGCUUGCAUCAGGACUUUCCGAGCGUGGUUGUAGUUGGCUUGGGUAAGAAGAAUGCUGGAGUAAAUGACCAAGAAAACUGGAAUGAAGGCAAAGAAAAUAUUCGUGCAGCUGUUGCAGUUGGCUGUAGACAGAUCCAAGACCUGGAGAUUCCUUGUGUUGAAGUAGACCCCUGUGGAGAUGCUCAGGCAGCUGCAGAAGGUGCUGUCCUUGGACUGCAUGAGUAUAAUGAGCUGAAGCAAAAAAAGAAACCUGUAGUUAUUCCUCAGCUUCAUGGAAGUGCUGAAAGUGAAGCCUGGCAAAAAGGUGUUACCUACGCUGAGGGUCAGAACCUUGCUCGGUACCUUAUGGAGGCUCCUGCUAAUUAUAUAACUCCUAUCAAAUUUGCUGAACAUAUUGAACAGAAGCUCAGAAGUUUCAGCAAUGUGAAGGUCCAUAUAAGACCGGAGUCUUGGGUAUCGACACAACAGAUGGGAGCUUUCCUGAGUGUGGCUAAGGGUUCAGCUGAACCUCCCAUCUUUCUGGAGAUUCACUAUUCAGGUGGUGCUAAUACAAAUGACUCCCCGUUGGUAUUUGUAGGAAAGGGAGUUACAUUUGACAGUGGUGGCAUUUCACUGAAGCCAUCAUCAGGUAUGGAUGCGAUGAGAGCAGAUAUGGGAGGGGCAGCCACCAUCUGUUCGGCCAUUGUGACAGCAGCAGCUUUAAACCUACCUCUUAACAUAAUUGGUUUGGCACCCCUCUGUGAAAAUAUGCCCAGUGGUAAGGCAAACAAGCCUGGGGAUGUAGUUAGAGCCAAGAAUGGAAAAACAAUACAGGUAGAUAACACAGAUGCAGAAGGAAGACUGCUGUUAGCUGAUGCUCUCUGUUAUGCCCACAAUUUUAAUGCAAGGGCUAUUCUGAAUGCUGCGACAUUGACAGGUGCCAUGGAUGUUGCAUUGGGGUCUGCUGCAACCGGAGUAUUCACCAACUCAUCUUGGCUUUGGACUCACCUUUAUGAG